AUGGCUUCGGAAGAGCAAAGUGGACUAGACGCCGAUAUGCAGCAGCAACAACAACCGCAGCUCGAGCAACCCCCACCACCGCCCACCGACCAGCCCCAGCAGCAGCAGCCUCCCAUUUCGGUGUCGGGGGAACUUCGCUCCCACGAGCCGCCAGCAGCCGGGCCACCGCGGAACCAUGCCAACGGUGAGGCAGCAGCUGCUACGCCGGACGAGGUACUCGCUCUCGGCGUGCUAGCCCUUGCGGGGCUUUGGUCCGGAUGCUGGAGUGGAAUCGCCACUGUCAUCGUGCACAAGGUGGAAAAGCUGAUACGGAGCGGUUCGGUCGACGUCCCGUUCAGGCGCUGUGCCCAGUCCCUCGUGGACCUGUUGUUGCAAAGCCCGGGAGAGUCGAGCUUGGGCGAGGACACGUGGCGGCAGCUCUCGAGCACGCAGGCUCGUCUCCCGCACAAGCUCGGGCAAGUGCUCGGCAUCGCGUGCUCUCUGCUGCAGCGCAAGGCCGUGGAGGCCGCGGACACGCGGGCGAAGAGGAAACGCCGACGAUGUUUGAGUUCCUCAAUGGCGGCCCUGAAAGUGCCGACCCCACUCCCGCCACCGUGCACGACUGGCCUGGUCACGAUGGUGGGGGACAUCGCGCGCGAAGAGGAGGAGCAGGAAAUCGAGAAUAUGAGAAAAACGCAGGCGGCAGGGGCGGAACGCUCGGUGAAUCCGCCGUUGGUCCCGCCAUCCCAAGUAUUUCCGCCGUUGUUGCAGCAGCCACUGCAGCCGGUGCCUCUCCCGGCGCAACUACAGCUUUCGGCGGGAACGGCAGCACCGCAACCCGAACGGACGCCGCCACCCUCGCACGGGCUCUACGCUGGCGCCCCUGCCGCUGGGGGCACGGAAGCAGACUUCCCUGUGCUUUUGCCUCACCGUGCUACUAGCGCCGUGCCGUCUUCUUUUCCGAGACCAGAGAGUUUGGGUAGUAACGGUAACCAUCACGGACCUCCAUCGCUUUCGCCACAAGAAGCACCGCGACCGCUGGCACAGGAAGGGAGCUUGGCGGAGCAGUCGGUUGGGGCAGCGAGUUUGGCUAGUAACGGCAACCAUCACGGACCUCCAUCGUUUUCGCCACAAGAGGUAUCGCGGCCGCUGGUACAGGACGGGAGCUUGCCGGAGCAGUCGCUUGGGGCUGCCAGUGAGGCUUGCCCUUCGGUACCAUGA